CAUUUCAUAGUAGUUGAAGUAGAGGAGGGUGCGCUACUUCUUCGGAGGAGUGUGAUCUUGACUGGCCAUCAUUUGGAGUCAAUUCAGCUGCCGGAGAAAAACUGCAAGCCACAGAUUGGUGACUGAAACCAAGGGACUACAUUUCGCAAAGUUCUCUGACACGCAAAGAGCUGGUGGAGGUGAAUCAGAAAUAAGACAACAUGAGUGACCGUUUUGACUGUGGUGAGUGCAAGGAGUCCCUGUACGGACGCAAAUACAUUCAGGUGGAGGGCGUUUCCCACUGCAUCCCCUGCUAUGACCGCCUGUAUGCCAACACAUGUCAGGAGUGCAAGGAGCUCAUCGCACACAACGCACGGGAGCUGUUCUACGAGGACAGGCACUACCACGAACACUGUUUCCGUUGUUUGCGCUGUGACCGCUCGCUGGCAGACGAGCCCUUCACCAGCCAGGAGGAGGCGCUGCUGUGCAACGACUGCUACCACAAUGAGUUCUCGUCCAAGUGUGUGGCCUGCGACAAGACCGUAAUGCCAGGCUCAAAGAAGUUGGAGUAUGGGGGCUCUGCGUGGCACGAGGACUGCUUUGUGUGCCAUGGCUGUGAGAAGCCCAUCGGUGGCCAGUCCUUCAUCCCCGACAAAGACGACUACUACUGUGUACCCUGCUACGAGGGCAGGUUCACCCCGCGAUGCAGCCUCUGCAAAAAGGCGCUGGCGACAGGAGGCGUCAGCUACAAAGAUGAGACGUGGCACAAGGAGUGUUUGGUGUGCAACGGCUGUAAGAGCCCACUGGCGGGCCAGCCCUUCACCUCCCAGGGAGACACGCCCUACUGCGUCAAGUGCUUCAGCAGCCUCUACGCACAGAAGUGUGCCUCCUGUAACUCGCCCAUCACAGGCUUUGGCGAGGGGAAGUACAUUUCUUUCCAGGAUCGGCAGUGGCACCAGCCCUGCUUCAAGUGCUCCCACUGCUCUGUCUCUCUGGUUGGGUCCGGCUUCUUCCCUGACCGGGACCAGAUCCUUUGCGGAGACUGCAACAACGACCAAGAAGACCAAUGAGAAAUCACUUUCUCUGUCCUUCAACUGUGCUUGACCAAUCACAAAUGUGCAGUUAUAGCUAUCCCGUUUGUAACACACAGCGGUGACAUGACCACCAUGACCACCUAUCAUACAUUUAAGAGAGCCUCUAAACCUCAACCUAUAUUUAAUACUACAUCACCCUAAAUAUAUACAGUACCAGUCAAACGUUUGGACACACCUACUCAUUCAAGGGUUUUUCUUUAUUUUUACUAUUUUAUAC